AUGUUAAGAACUCAGCGUGCCAUAUCUUCUUGUAUUAAAAGAAUAAGUCCCUACAAUACAAUAUGCUCACCAUGUAGUCGUCGGUCUUUCACUCAAAAAUUAGUCAGAGCCAAUGACAUUGUUCUGUUGAAGCCGGAGACGAAUCCAAGGGCGGUACCUACUUUGUCGAAGCCUCUAAAACCAGGUGAUUCUCUUGUAUUCAGGGAUCACAGAAAAGUCAAGGCAGAUGACGUUAUUGGAAAACCAUACAGGUCUGUAGUGGCUGGUGGUAGAAGAGCAUUAUUUCGCAUAUAUGAACCUACACUUGGUCAAUACUGUGAUAAUGCUCCAAGGAUUGUGACACCUAUCUAUUCCUCAGAUGCAAGCUUAAUUGUUUCUUUACUGGAUCUCAAUUUUAGGGCAGUAUCAUCUAGUCAGUAUGAGAAUGCUAUAGAGAGUGAGAAGUUCUGUCCCAAUAGGCCACUUAAUGAACCUGUUGUUUCGCAAGAUGAAGAUAAUUUGAAGCCUGCAUCGUCUCCUAAGAGUGAAAAUCUGGAAACUACAGAUACUCUACAGAAGGAUAAUAUGCUGGAAGAUAUUAAGGGACUGCCUAGCGAGCCGACGGAACUUACAGAUGCAGAAAUGUACGAAGAUCUGGAUUUCGUGGAACAAAAUGAUGAAACACUGGAGAUUUUCGAGGCUGGUACCGGUGCCGGUUCAUUAACUUUGCAUCUUGCUCGAGCGAUCCAUGGAGCAAACACAAGGGCUCCGCCAAUACCGAAGCUUCCUAAGACAAGGGGAAAGGUUGACCCAGAUGACGAUAUCUACCGAUUGGGAGGCGAUUUUGGCAAGAGAAAUGAGGAACUGACUAAUCUAUACAAUGAAUGGCGUUCACAGCGACGAGCUGUGAUUCACAGCUUAGAUGCGGAUGAACGCCACUCGAGACAUGCACAAAGAACUGUAAGAAACUACCGUCAUGGAGUGUAUUUCCCCCACAUCGAUUUUCAUGUUGGUAGCAUUCAUGAUUACCUUUCGAAACGUUUGGAAGAGACUAAAGGUGUUUUCCUCGAUCACGCCAUCUUAGAUAUACCCGGUAUACAAGACGAGAUGGAAAUCGUGGGAAAAUGCAUGAAACCUGACGGGCGUUUAAUCACAUGGUGCCCUAGUAUCACACAGCAUAUGAAGUGUCUGGAAAUUGUGAAAGGGAAGAAAUUGCCAUUCGUGUUGGAUCGGGUUUUAGAACUGGGAUCGCAACUUAGUACAGGAGGACGAGAAUGGGAAGUGAGAUCAGUAAAGCCUCGAGCACUGAUCAAAGCCGAGAAGAAAGCCAAAGCUGAGGAAAUGGAGAGAGAGGACAGAUCCAAAACUGCCUUUGCCGUUAACGAAUGGCUCACUAAGAUUUCAAGCACAGAGGUGGAUGAGGUGGCCAGUGAAGAUGUAGAGAUAUCCGAAUCUGAAAGUGUUACUGUCCAAGCAAGUACAGGAGAAGAUAGCGAUCUUACUGAUAUGUCAGGAUGGGAAAUGAUAUGUAGACCUAAAGUUGGAGAUAGAAUAACGGGUGGAGGAUUCGUUGGAGUUUGGAAGAAGAUGGACAUGGACGUUUAA